CUGAUCACUGCCUCCGGAAAAAAUUUGAUACCAAUGAACUUCCUUAGAAUUAUAAUUUCGCAAAUUUUCGACUGAAAAACAGAAAAGACUUGCAGUAUGAAGUGUAAAUUCUGUUCGGUGUUUGUCCAUUAAUUGUUCUUUUCUCCGUUACAUCUGGAUAAUUUACUCGCUUAGGUUGUGUAACUCAGAGAGGAAAUUAUACACUAGGUCUUUUUGGAAGAGGACUUAAGGAUACAGGGAUGCAAGAGAUCGUCAUCCAGUGAAUAGUGCCAGCAUCCCGCAGGAAACAGGGCUCCUGCUGCGACUGAAGUGCUGCAGGAAAUUAAAGUGGACCAAGUCCAACUAAAAGAAAAACAUUCUUCGGUGACAACUUGAAGAUUUUGACUGGAAAAUGGAUGACCCGAUGGUUGGUUGCCCUUUCGAGAUGGCGCAUUGGUGCAAGCAGUCACGCCUCCAGAAACAUUUGAUCAAGUGCCGCAAAAAUCACCCUGAGUCCGAAUUGGAGCCUUGUCCUUACAACGCGACUGAAUACAUUCACCCUGACAAUCUGGUCGAACAUUUGAAAGUCUGCAAAAAUGCCAAACUACUCGAAGGCUUGAAGUAUGAUGCUGAACGUCUAAGAGACAACUACCUAGAUGCCCCCUAUCAUGUUCCUACCCUACAAAAACCUGAGUCAGAAACGGAAGAUUUUGAAAACGAAGGAAUCCAGUACAAAUCAUACGAUGAGCAAAUCCUAGAGCGUAGCGUAUCACAAAUGAGUGUCAAUUCGGGUUUAGAUUUCAAACCGCCAGAGUAUUUUGAUAAAAAUCCUAGUCCAUUUCGUCAAAUCCAAAGCAGAGGCUCAUCAACGCUACCAAGCAGGUCAAGUAUCCUGCGAAAUAAAAGUGCAGGUAGGGGCCAUGUCAUGGCAGACAUCAUCUCGGCCCUGUCGGAGAUUGAUGAAAUGGAUUACGGCAAGUAUGAGAUUAGGAGUACGGUCAGUAAUGAUGACUCCAAGUUUGAGGAUUUAGAUUCUGCUCCCAUUUCUAGGACCGGCCCUGUCCCAAAAGAAGGAAUGUCUCUCUUGCCAGGACCACAAAAAUUCGAAGAUCGCUCCUCUGAUGAAGAGGCUAAUUCAGAUAAUGCCUCAGCUUGUGGCAGUGAAUUAACGAUCAUUGAAAAUGAUCGGAAAGUUGCCUCAAUAGAAAAUACGGUACAACCUAGUCAAAUGUCUGAACCUCGUUUCCCUUGUUUGUUGUCAGAUUCAGAAGACGAAGAAGAAGAGGUAGAAGAAUUAGAAGAUAGACCAAAUUUUUUCGACACAGAUAGCGAUGUGGAUGACAUUGCUGCAAUUACUUUCCCAACCGUUGAUAAUGCCACUCGAAAUGGGCACGAGUCCUCCUCUGAGUUUUCUGGUUUUUCCUCUCUUAUCAGAGCAAACAGCAUGCAAAACGCUCAAAUUGUACAGUCCUUUGAGAGGAAAAAAACUUGGAAUCGUGGCCGAGGUACUUUGCUCCAAUCCUCCAACCAGGAUUUAAUUAAUUCAAAUAGACAUUGGAACAAAAAUGGGCGUCAACGUGGUGGGAUAAAUGAAAACAGAUUCAAGUCCCGUAAUUGUGCCAAUCAACAGGAAUUUUCCAACUACCAAGGUCAACCUCUGCAGAAUCAAAACAAUUACCAGCAAGAAAUGCCUCAUUAUUCUAGUAAUAGUCAAAACCAAACCAGUCAGUUCAAUCAGCAGAAAUUUAGAGGCAAUUAUCAUAACUCUGCUGGCAGAGGUGUCCAACAAGAUUUAAAUGGUAGGGACAUGUCUCAUUCUGAACCAAUCAGAAGAGGGAAUUCAGUCGGUAGAGGAGUCCUGCUAGAAAAUCCUGGAAUGCAGCCAGGAAUAGGAAAUUCCAUCAGGGGAGGAAAUGCAGCUGCCUCACAAUUUAGAGGAAAUUUUAUUGGUGCUAAUAGAGACAAUUAUAAUAGCCAAGGAGAUAUCAAUAGAUCGGAUAGUUAUAACGCUGGUUCUUCUGGUAGAGGGAGCUCUUGUGGGAGAGGAAAUAAAUUGAGUGACUCUUAUAAUCAAGAUUAUCAGACUGGAAACCUUGGGAAUGUGGUCGGAAGAGGACAAUCCAAUGUUCAGUUAAAAUCCUCUGGUCGAGGAGAUGCUUCAAACCAGUUCAGCUCAGGAGGAAACGCAUAUAAAGAAAAGUCUAUGGGCAGAGGAAAUCUGUAUUCAAAAUCUGCUGGUCAUGGAAGUCUUUUUUCUCAUCCUGGAAAUGGUGACUACGAUAGAACCUCAGUUGGCCGUGGUAGAGCGAUGACAAUGAUGCAGUCCACGAAUAAUUUCAGAGGUAAGUUUCAACCCGAAAUUUCUCAUGAUUCAUUUCAGGCCGUCUACGACAGCUUCAAGGAUUUACAAAUCGUAGACUUCAGUCCAGCCUCUAAUUCUUCUGGUAAAAAUAAACCAAGAGCAAAUUUCAAAGUUCCUUCAGUCGCAGGCUCUCCUCCAAAACCUAGUCCCUUCUCUACAUCAGCCUUACCAGUUGACUUGAAUGUUAAUCCAAGUGCAUCUAGCAUGAAUAAAGCCAAGAAGAAAAAAAACCGAAAGAAGAAAACAGUGGAGCAGACUUCAUCGAAGCCCACUGAGGUUGACUCCUCCGCUGAAGCAGAAUCCAUCAGCAAAAGCUCUCAGCAACCACAAAGUGGUCCAAACAUUAAAAUACUUGACAGAAGCAUGGAUCCAAAAAAAUACUUCGGGGGCGACGGUUGUAAAGAUUUGGAACCCAAGCAAGAUUCUAGCCUCGACAAACCAAAAUCAAACAUUAAUGACUCUAAAACUGCCAAGAAAAAAGUUCACUUCAAAGAUAGAUUGGCAAGAAGAGAUAAGUAUGAGGUUUACGAUAUGUUCUACUCCCAAAUUUCUUCCUUCUCUUUAAAUAAUGGAAUAAAUGUAGAUGAAGAUCAAAGUAUUCAACAGGUGUCCCAACCCAACUAUUUUAGCGAGAGAAUCGAAGCAGAGAAGCCUGUAAGAGCAUACGCCUCUGUCAAUUGUAUUCAAGUUUCAAGUAAUGUUGCAAAAUCCUCUCAAGAGAACUCUCCUUCUUCAAACAACAUUCCCACCAAUGUACACUUCUCUUCAUUGCACUCACCUCAAAAACCCAAAGUUCCAAGUCGAUAUGAUAAGCUCUCUGAUACUGCAAGUUACAAAUUUGUCUUUCGUCACAUGAAUAAGCGACAAGCAAAUGUGAACCGCAAAAAUAAACCUAUCGCCAAAAAAGUUAACAAGUCCUUUAAAGCUCAAACUGUGACUGACAGAGAGAAUUUAGUUCCAAAUGAAAAGAAAAAUGUUACUUUUGUUCCAAGACCUGAUACUCUGAGUAAUUCUAAACCCUUAUCUCAACAGCCAGCAGAUAAUUUUAAUUUCAGGAAUGAUGGUGGUUUUACUAUCCAUAGUAGUUACAAUUCCCAGCCUCAAUCUCAGAAUCAAAUUUUUGAAAAGUCCUAUAGUAAUUUUUCACUCAAUAACAAAAAGUCCUCUGCGCAUCAAAGUACAAAAUCAUUCAAGAGUAAAAACUCAUUUGUGAAAUCGCAUGAGAUGUCUCUGUGGAGCCAAAACCCUCCUAUGAAUCCAAAGAAAACACCCUUACAAGGUAAAAAUCCAUCAUUGAAUCCAAAUGAGAUGUCCCUCUGGACUAAAAGCUCUUUCAGGAAUCAAAACAAAACAUCCUCUCAGAUGAACAAUUCAAAUGAGAUGUCUCUUUGGAACAAGAAUUCAUACUCAGCAAUAAGUGCAGUUGAUGGGUCUGACUAUAAUUCUUUCCAGAAACGUAAUAUUCCUCAAUAUGAGAAUUUUUGUAAUGAUGGUGUUAAAAAUUUUGUCACCAAAAAACCUGCUCUGGCUGUGUCAAAAAAAAAGAUGAAUCAUGUCAAAAGCAAAAAUUUUAACCGAAACUCUAAUGCUAGUGGGCAGCUUGGAUCACGAUACCGUAACACUCAAAGCUUUCUUCGCUCCAUCUAUUCAAACCCAUUGGAAAAACCAAUCAUUUAUGGGCCCUCUCAAAGUCGUCAACCUCAGCACUCAUCCAAAAAACCUCUAGCUUUCAGCCCAUUCAACUCCACUUAAUUUGCAUUCAUCAUCUUUUCUCUUUUUCUUUAACCUUAUCUACCACACCUUUCUCCCUUCCCUACUAUUGUGGAGAAUUCAGUCCAAAAUUGUCACAUUCCAGUCAACAUAUCGCAAGUGCCAUUUGUGGUUUAGGCACCAUGUUGCCAAACUUGUCCAAUUUUUUACAGAAAAAUUAAUGAACCGAAUCGCUUGAAGAUUUUAUCUAAUAUUUCUUUUGUCAUCAAGAUUAAACUCUGACAUUUUCAUGGAAGUAUUUGUAAAAGUUCUGAAGGCAAAAUUAAAAUAAAAUUGAAAUAUUCGCUAACGUAGCUUCUAAGAUUGAAUCACACUUGUGAUAUUUUGGCUGAAAGAAGAUCAGAAGAGGAUGGAAGUUGGAAGUGUGAUAUGAACAUGAUUAUUAAUUUUGAAAUUUUCUCUGAAGAGUUUGUAUUUUUCUGCGCUAAUUUAAGUGAGUAUUUGUGCAUGUUUCACUAUGAAUUUGAGGUAUGGCCAGUAAUUGAAUAAGAUAAAUAACUUUAAGAAGUUACAAUCGUAUCGACAGAUAAUUUUGAAGCUUUUAAUUCCAUCGCAUUGUACUGCUUUUGUUUGUUCAUAUUAAGCUCAACUAUUUUACUUGUAUUUUACUUGUGUCACCUCUCAAGUUUGGCCACAAUGCAUUUACCGAAGUUUUGCUAAAAUUGAUUUUUCAAUUAUAUUAAGGUAAUUUGUAUGUUUGAUAUUUCUCACUUCUUUAAUCUUUAAGGAGAUUCAUGUCACUAAUUCAGUGGGAAGUUCCGAAUAGUCAUUCUUUUAGAUAUAAUGUAUUUUAUUGUCUGACGGGCAUAACUGCUAAUGUACAAUUUGAGUUCCAUGGAGAAAUGGCAUUGUUUUUUACAUUCUGCAUGAGGAGCAAAUUACAGGCAAAUCCUCCAAGUGCUCCCACAGUGCUCUCUUGUAGAGUUCCAUUUUAUAAGAAAUCAAUUAUGUCAUUUUUUUCAUAGCACAUAGAGCAUUCUGUCAUAAAGUUGAGUUUGCCAAAGCUGUUACUUGUACAGUAUUGUUUCUGAGGUUACAAUUUUGAAAAAUUAAGGACUUAGAGGUGAAAGAAGUUUACCUUCGUUGCCAUCUACUAUUCGAGGAGCGUGCUGACUAUUUUAUAGUUAAAUUUCUUUUCUCUAAUCCCUAAUUUGCUUUUCAUUGCAUCAAUAUUUCUGACAGAUUUUUCAUUCCUUUUGUUGUUGCCAGAUUGAUUCAUCAGAUUGACAGGACUCAAAGCGUCAAAACCACCGAUUUCAGUCCCUAGAAAUCAGAAAAUAACUUUGAGAUUUGCUCUUUAAAGGUACAUAUUAAACUCCCUUUUUAGCUUUCUGCUCUAUUUCAUUCAUAUAUGCAUCAAAUGCAGUGCCACUCUAAUGAGAAAAUUAAACGUCAAAUUUAGUACCAAUUGAAUAAAAUUCAAUUUUAAGUUUAACGAUCGGUCAUGAGACCAGAACUCACUCUCAUUUAACCAUCUAUGAUUCCAAACAAAUCCAGUUUUUCUCAAAAACAACCUCUUCGGCACAUCACAGGGAUUCAAAUCAUUAAUUUUUCCCCUGGAGAAACCAAACUAUGAAGCUUUUGAAUUACUUGUUUAAUUGCAUGUAUACUCUCUUACAAGCCAGUGAUCAUUUUGCUUUAUUUUUAUCUAUUUUCUGUAAACUGGAGUUUAAAACUUUUUGCCCCGAGUAGUAGAAUCCGUGCCAAGUAAGAUUUAACUUUGACGUAACAUCUGCAGCUUCCAUUUUUGCGAAAGCAAAUAAAAGAAUAAAAAUGUGAAUAUUCUGUCUCGUUUUAAAGGUGGGUAUACUCAUUUUGUAUGAAGUCUAAAAUAAAGCAAUAACCGUCUUUUUAUUCAUUACAUUUCUUAUGGAAAAUGAUGUAUUAAUAUUAGAAAUUUUGAAAAAGUCGUUGCUGUUUUUCUAUAAGUUCUACCACAUAUCAGUUUUCUGCUUCCUCUGUAGAGAAAUCCAUUAAUCUCAACAAUUAGAAGUAAGUCUUUCUAGAACUUAUGACAAACUGAUUGACUUGAUACACUAUUAAUUGGUCAGGCUCUUGCGCAUUAGCAGCAAGAAUAUUCUGGUCCCAACCUAAAACCCAGAAUUUUGCUUUGUCUCGAGGAGCCUGUGUUGAAACGAUCUCAUAAAUAUUUCCAGCCACAGAAAGAGGGUUAUUUUUUCUUAACAUAUUAAGCUAAAAUAUGGGCUUUGCUGACAAACCGUCUAAAAUACAACUGCUAAGUUUGUUUAUGGUUUGUCUCGCUGUAAUGGAAAAGUCAAACUGAUGUUCUAUUUCUUUCUUGUAACUGCUAAUUUUAAAAGCUGAUGUUGUUUUGUUUAUUUAUUUCCAUAAAUUUACAUUAUGCCUGAAACUAUUUAUCUUAAGAAAAAAAAAAAUCUGUUUUCUUUUCCUUCAGUGUUAUCAAGAAGAACGCUUAUUUUAUCUUCCUCAUAAUCUAUUGCCUAUUAUUUUCGUUUUAUGCCCCAUUUGAGUAAUCUUUAUCAUUAUAUCGGUCUUUAAAACUUUGUUCAAUGUUUGAUUUUUUCAUUUAACAUCCAUUAAAGAUAAGUCAUAAUUUUUGAGAUUUUACAAGAUCGGAUCACAGAUGAAGUUCAAUUGUGAUGGUCUAACUUUGUGAGAUAUGACUGUCUAUCGUUAAAUGAUGCUUCGCUUUUUGUCAACUACAUUCAAGGAAGCUUUCCAUCUAUUCUUAUUCCUCUGUCAUAUUAAAUUUAAACCUUUUGUUGUUUUGCAUAGUAACCGUUGGGAAUGUUACAUUAUGAUUGCCCAAGUGGAACAAUGUGUCUCUCAAAUUGCUACUUUAUAAAUCUCCGCUGAUGUUUUAUUUUUUCUAAGGAAAAUCAACGGACAGUUUCUAUUGAUAUUUUUUUUUUUUAUUCUUUUCACUUAUUCCUAAAGAAUCAUCCAAAAUCGUAAGGAAGCGUUUCGAUUAGCUCUCCCUAAAGAAAGUAAAACAUAAUUGGAGAUUUCUAAACGUCGCAAUUAAAGCGCUCACUGUGAAAAUGUUUAGAGUCGGAUUUUUUUUGCAAUUUAGUUUUUGACGGAAAAGUAAUCCUUUUCCGCCUCCUGUGUAUUCUUUCUUGUUUCCUAAAAAUUAAUUUUUUUUCCAGAAUAGGUAUCUCUUCAAAAUAAGCGCUGAAGUUGAGGUACACAUUUUUCGCAUUUAGCUAUCGAUGAAGUACAAAUUUUGAGGUCAAUGCAGCUCAUAACUCGUUCUUUGGUUCAACCAAAACAUCGAAAAUGAUUUUCAAAACAUUUUAGAGAGUUAAUGUGACAAAUUUAGAUAACUUGAAGCAAGUACCAUGUUUUGCUGUAAAUUUGUAUCUUUCCGCUGCUUUUGGUUUUUUGAGAUUUACUGGAUCAACAACUUCAUGUUUCUCUAGCAUAUUUUUUUUGUCUGUUUCUUUUCUACCGUAUGAAUGAAAAGUAUGAAUAACUCGGGGAAGAAACUCCCUUUUUAAUCUCAAAAUUCCUCUUCUUUCCUGUACUGACUUUUCUUCACAUUGGUUUUUAAUUCAGAUUUUUGUUUAUGUAUUGAGUAUUCCUAUGUUGACUUAAAUCUAUAUCUUUAACGAGUUAAUAUCCAAGUUAUUUUGGCGCUCAGAAUUAAUUUUUUUCAAUUUUUAAAGAUUUCUCCCUCAUGUGGAUCGAUAUUUUUUUGGGGGGUAGCAUUCUGUUUCCUUCAUUUCUUAAAACCAAUGGUUUACUUUUGUCAUCUUCCUUGCUUACCAGCAUUUUACUUCUUUCGUCACUUUUCACUUGUUAUUUAACAUAGAAGUCAUUUUUAUUUUAUUAAGUAAUUUUAUCACAGGAGAACUAAGGUGGCUCAUUUUUCUAUUUGACAACUGUAAAACAAUAAUUCAGAUGGCAACUGCCUCAUAGCUUGUCAGUAUUUUCUCAAUUUUUCACUGAAAAUUGCAUUUAUAUCCUCUCUAUUUGAUUGUGUUUCUCAAUGCAGUAUCGGUACAAAAUGUGACUUAUACUUUGAAUCAGAAAAUGAAUGUUGUCCAGAAAAUAUUUUUUUAAAAUCAGUAUCACUGGCUCAUUACUUUAAAGCUGUUUUAUAAGCCAUUGAGCAUCAGUCUUAAAACUCACUUGCAAUCCGUACGUGAAUCAUAUUUUGUGUCAUCAAUUAAAGUUGAAAAUAUAUUGUACCUCAGUACUCGCUACGUAAAUAUCUCCUCCGUUAUCAGUACCUAGUUUAAAUCUAUUGAAUUAUUUUGUGUCCUAUUCUCCUCUUAGUGAAAAAUAUAUAUCGUUUGUAAUUUUUUUUUCCGCUCUGAAGUUGAUUCAACCAUUGCUUUUACGCCUGUCAACCCUUCAAAAAUAAUGAACCACAUCAUAUGUUAAAAAACUUUUUCCAUUCCAAACUAUAUUAUUAGCCUGUUUUUGCGUUACAACAAAUCAUCAUUCAAGGACAGAGCAAAUUCAAUUUCUGUACUGUUCAGUCCUUUUGUCCAUAAUAUAUCUUUAAAAAGAUUUAAGAAAUAAUAUCAAGACGCAUAAAAGCCAUGGUUGAGCUUCUUUACAGUGUCGCGUCAAGGAUGGUUUGUGUAGUCAGGGACAGUGUUACUUAUUAGAGUUCUCAAAUUUUGCCAAGUUUUCAGCUGUAAAUAACUUUGCAAAUGCACUUUUUGACAGGUUUUUUUUUUUUUUUUUUUUUUUUUUUUUUUUAAUUUAUAAAUGAGUAAUUUUUACUCACAUCUGUUCAGGAGUCUUUUAACCCUGUAAAAUCAUUCUACUUUUACAAUGCAAGUAAGAAAGUAAUAUCGUAAGUUCAAGAUUUCAAAGAAAAGGUAACCUUCUUUAAGGGGAGGUCUGUGGCACCAAAACCCUAAACUGAGAGCCCUAAUAAGUAAACGUCAUCUGUGCUUGUUGACGUAGACUAUCCUUGAUUAUGGGCUGAUCUAGGAAGUGGUUGGAGGGGCAUCCACGCAUUACUUCCAAGAAGUAAUUUAUAAAACCCAUUUUUACAUUUUUCAACAGGUUUCGUUGAUUCGCCCGUCUCGUUUCCUGCCCCUCCCCCCAUGCUUCUGCGAAAGAAUCCUUGUGCUGCUCGUGACCUUGAUAUAGGUUUUAUUUUAUGCUCUUAGAUUUCUUUGAGAAUUUGUCUAAAUUACUUUAGGAAUAUGUGUUUUCUCCUCAUUUCUGUAGAUUAUUCAAUGGUAAUAAAAUGUUCUAAAUUUGCUAGUUCUCACAAGGCAAAUGUUAUUGUGGUGCCUUUCGUGUUUUUUCUUUUUAAGUUUUCAAAAAAUAGUCUGUUAUGUUCUUUUUACUUUUUUUAAUAAAUUGACUCUCCAGAAA